CUAAAUUUAUUACUAUCGUAAACCCAAAAAAGUGAUCACAGCUGCAUAAAAAAAAUAUCCAUAAUACAAAUAUAUAAAUAUCGCUUUCCAUUCGUCAAUUGCCGAUCCAUCUGCCAAUUACUACAAAGCUUCUUCUCUCUGUUCAUUAACUACAACUUCCGGCGAAAAUGUCUCUGACAACUCCACCGCCGCCUCCAUCAGCCACGGUGGCCGGCGGAGGAGAUUCCCAUUUGGGUUCCUACGGUGUUCUGCUUCACCGGCUUUAUAGUCUGGAAGCAAGCCAUGAGAAACUGAAAGAGCAGUUUGAUGUUCUGGUGCAAGUAAAUGAUAGGCUUAUUAGUAAUGAUGAUGAUGAUGAUGAAGUGAAGGAGUCAUCAUUGGAAGUUGGGCCGGCAGUUCCCGGUGAGAGGAGGAGGAGGGGGGCGGCGGACGGUGGUGGUAGUGGUGGUUCGGCCGCCGACGACUAUUCCAACUGGGCUUAUAUUCCGGGGACAUUCUCCGGGACACUGCACCAGAGAGUGUUGCAAUACAUGGGUCAUGCUGUUCAUAUUAGUCGUCCUGAUUCCGGGGAGAUCAUUUUAUGGAAUCGGUCUGCUGAGAAACUGUAUGGAUACAAAGACUAUGAGGCAUUAGGACAGGAUGAAUCACUAAUUGUUGAUGAAAGAUAUUAUGAAUUUGCUGGCAAAGUAAUGGAAAGGUUGAGUUUUAUGCGAUUUUGGUCAGGUCAGUUCCCCUACAAGAAGAGAUCAGGCGAGAUCUUUAUUGCACUGGUGACCAAAACUCCAUUGUAUGAGCAUGGUGAACGUGUUGGCAUCAUCACGGUUUCGAGCAGUGCAGCUGUCUUCAAUGAUAUAGGCCCAGAAAACGCGAGGCUAGGUCAAGAUCCUACUGAACGCAAAUCCAGAGGAAUGAAUUUUAGAAAGUUACAAUGGCAACCGCCACCACUGAUUGCAUCAUCUGUUUCCAACCUGGCCUCAAAAGUACUAUCACGGAAAGGCGAAGAUAAUGAGCAGGAUGGACCCAAAAUUGAGGAGAUCAAGGAGCAAAAUGAAAUGGAUGGUAGUCCAGAUGUGAAACCUGAGAGGCCCCCGAGAGCACCAGCAACAAAAUCAAGGUUUAUUAAUGCAUUUUCCAGUGCAAAGAAUACACUAGCUGGAGAACGCCCUGAAAAUGAAGAAUCUUCUUCUAAUGAAAAUUCUCCACCUCUCAAAUUCGCACAAAAAGUAUUUGCCAAACUCGGUAGUUUUAGCAAAGGCAAAAGCGGAAACAGCACACAGGAUGGUCCUCAUGAUGCUUCCUUUAGCAAACAAACACCUGUUGAGCCCUCUUCACCUGAAGCAAAGCCAAGAACAAAUUUGUAUAAUCACACUAGUCAUUCACAAUAUCAUGCUGGAGCUUUGGGAAUCGAUGAGCGCCCUCAUAGAGUUAAAGAAUCAGAACCAUUGCAGAAGUCAGAUUCAGUUAGUCCUGGGGAAAGAUCUAAUGGCUUUUCAAGUUUGUCAAGCAAAGCCGAUAAAGAAUCAAAAAUGAAUGCACAUCAUGAAAUUAACUGGGAAGACCUGCAAUUGUGUGAGGAAGUAGGGCAAGGCUCGUUUGCAGUUGUGUAUCAUGGAAUCUGGAAUGGAUCGGAUGUGGCAGUUAAGGUUUAUCAUGGUACCGAAUAUAAUGAGGAAACUUUGCUUGGUUACAGCCAAGAGCUUGAUAUAAUGAGGAGACUGAGGCAUCCUAAUGUGCUACUGUUUAUGGGAGCUGUUUGCUCUAAUGAAAGACUUGCUUUGGUUACAGAGUUUUUGCCAAGGGGAAGUCUUUAUAAAGCAAUGCACAGAAGUAAUCAGCAUUUAGACACCAAACGGCGACUGAAGAUGGCGCUAGAUGUGGCAAGAGGUAUGAAUUAUUUGCAUCGCAGAAACCCGCCCAUUGUUCACAGAGAUCUGAAAUCAUCAAACCUUCUGGUUGAUAAGAGCUGGACAGUGAAGGUAGGAGACUUUGGCUUGUCAAAGUUGAAGGAAGCAACCUUCUUGACGGCCAAAUCUGGGAGGGGAACCCCUCAAUGGAUGGCUCCAGAAGUUCUUCGAAAUGAACAUUCAACUGAGAAGUAAUCUCCAUUCCAAACAUUCAUAUUAGUAACUUUCGACUGGCAUUAAUCGCUCGCAUUUCUUUUUAUGAAACAGGUCUGACAUUUACAGUUUUGGAGUAAUUUUGUGGGAACUAAUGACGGAAUCCAUCCCUUGGAAGGAUCUAAAUUCAUUGCAGGUUAGAGGCAAUAUUCUUUCCGCUAAUGCAUUGAUCAC